AUGGAAGUCGUGUUUACUGUGUCAAACAAAGGAAGUAAUAAAAUAGUUUUGGAUGGUUUUGAUUACCAUUUUCGUUCCAAAAAUGAAAAGAAGAAGAAGUUCCGCUGGUCGUGUGCGCAAAGAAAAUCCCUAAUAUGUAAAAGUGUUGUUGUGACAAAAGAAAAUAGUGGCGAUCAUGUAAUACAACGCGCUCCUACUGCCCAUAAUCAUGAUCCAAAGACCCAUCAAGUAUCUGUGGCACAGGCGAACAACAAAGUAAAGGAUUUGAGUACAUCAUCUUCACUGGCGCCUUCCCAAAUUAUUAGGGAAGCAGUUGUAGAUUGCCAACCAGACCGCCGGGUGUACUUACCAUCGAAACGAGGCCAAAAAAUGAAAAUAAGCCGACUUCGAAAGGGUACAUAUACCAACGAACCAGGAAAUGUACAGGAAAUUAAUAUACCGGAGCAUUUGAAAUACCUGGAGGGAGAAUUAUUUGUGUUGAGUGAUUGGGAUUUCGAUGGUGAAAAGAACAUUAUUAUGGGCACAACGAGUUCCCUAAAGGAAUUGGAGAGGUCACACUGCUGGGUGAUGGAUGGGACGUUUUUUGUUGUACCGAAAGUUUUUCGCCAACUGUUCACCAUACAAGGGCUAAUUGAUGGUCAAUUUGUGCCUCUAGUUUUGUGCCUGAUGAGCAAAAAAUCCAAGCAGGCGUACACUGAAUUUUUUCAUCAAUUAUUUAAAUUGGGUUUAGCACAGAAUAUUAAUCUUCAUCCGCAAAGAAUUAUUACUGAUUUUGAACGAACCGUCUCGUCUGCGGCAAAAGAGUAUUUUCCUGAUGCCCGAUAUAAUGGGUGUCUAUUUCACUUUAGCCAGAUCAUUUGGAGACGAGUUUAGAAAGAAAGGCUUUCUCAAAAAUAUGGCAAUGAUGAAAGUUUCAGCAUAGCUGUUCGUAUGCUGAAAAGUUU